GAAAAAUGGCAGAGUAGUUUUUCCAGAGUUAAUUUUUUUCCCCUCAAAAAUAGUUGUUUUUGCUCUAUUUUGAGUGUACAGAGUAAAAUGUGUCAGUAGAGUGGGAGCGAAAUUAAAGAGUAACUGUGACUCCUCCCCAAAAUUAUCCUCCCAAAGUUUAGUUUAUCCGCCAUUACUGUUCGUCACGGCCAUCGCGAUCGCUGCCGUUUGUGGGUUUAGAAGAGAAGUUGCGCUUCUACUGGAUGUUAAAGAUGCAAACCAACAAUGUUGUCAGAGUGAAGUUCAAAGAUAGCAAGAAAUAUAUUUUUUCUCCAACACCUUUUACAUUUCAGAUGUUUUUGGAAUGUGUUGCCAAGAAAUUUGAUCUUCCUACAAUGGACGUUAAAGUCUUUGAUGACUCGAAGACAGAAGUUGAUGAGGAAGCAUUUAAAUAUCUGCUGACACGACCAGACCUUGGUGUCCUAGAAAUUUUCAUCCCAGGCACAGCAAGUUUUGAUGAUUCUUUAAGCUCAAGCUCAUUAGGAGAUGCUGGGGGCACAUCAGAGUCUGAUGACACAGCAAUGUUGAUUAGAAGUCCUCCUGAAAAAAAUCGAGCUGAGGAACGUCGUCUUGCCCAAAUGGUCGAAGAUAUCCUAAAGAGCAGCCCUGGAGGCGAGAAGGUCAUAAAUGAAUACGCUCGCACUAAAAGUCUGUCAGAUGGCAGAAGACGUGACAUGGUGAAAAUCUUGGUAGCACAUUUGACAAAUGAACAUGGAACAAGCCCUUCCCGACGUUUGAAGGAAGAAUAUGCGAAGGGAAUCAUCUCCCUAUUCCCAUACUUGGCUGACCCCAGGAGCAAACUUGGUUAUGAGCAUUAUUACAAUGCAGAAGAUGGAAGUGGAUAUUUGGCAUGGAGAAUUAAAACGCUGCAGAAAGAAGGAUCAGAGGGACGGAUGAAACGCCCACGGCAACCACAGACAGGUGGGCCAACUGCUGACAGGGAUCCCUACAAAGAAGACAGCUGGUUGAAUGAUGAACGUCAGUGUCAGGAAGCAAUUGCCCUGAUGAAGCAUACAGCUGAUGAGGCAGUGGUAAAGGAAAAGAUGAGGUUAACACUGGCCUAUCGCCAGAAGAUGCUGCACGACCCUAAAGAGGCAUCUGAUAUUCUAUCCAUUUUCCCGCGAUUCAUGGAUAUACCAGGCUUGAUUGAUCAAGAUUUUGGACUUCUAUUUGGUGAUGCGACCUCUGCAAAGUUGUUGGAGAAGUGGUCUACCAACAUAAAACCACAGGUUAUUGCACAGAGCCGUGGCCUCACACAGACUAGUGAGCUCCAAGACCUCAUCCAAAAUGCUGAAGCCACUGAAGUUGAAGAAGGUUGGGACAGCGAUAUGUCUUCCAUUCUGAUGCUGGUUCACCUUUUGCCACCCUCAAGUCAAGGCCGCAAAAGACCGGGAAAAAUCUCAGCUAGACAAGCAUGUGAUUGUCUUGUGAAAUUCAUCAAGACCGGAACCAGUAUCCAAGGGCACUUGGAUAGCAUUGGAGAGAGUCUCCAGCCAUAUCUACUUGUUGUUGGGCCGAAGAGAAGUAGGGUCCAGUCUUGUUUUAUUGUAAUUGACCAACAUGCUCUACCCUGUAAGGCCUCUAAUUCACUAGCCUGUGUUGAUGAGCUUUUCAAAGCUCACUUUGUCUUUGGCACCUCAUACUGUCAGGAAUUGACCAAUGUGUUUAGCUUUCUGCAAACCACUGUCUAUGACAUAGAUGUUGAAACCACCAAGGGUGUUCCUCAUAGUGUCCUGUCUGCCUAUGAUGCUGCUGCUCUCACUAUCCUGUUUCCAGUCCACUUGCCCAGUAGCCACAAAUCAGUUUGUCCACGUAACGAGGUUGUUCGGCUGAGGGCACCAUAUGCCAUUCCUGGCACGAAAAUACGCUUCAAAGACACCACAGCAGACUGCAUCGACAUCCCUUGA